CGAUUUAUUUCUGUAAAUUUCUUGCCAAAGAGUUUAUAAUCACUACGUUAAACACGUACUAUGACCGUGAAAUACAUACUUUGUUAAAAUAAUAUUGAUUGUGUUAAAUCAUUCGCGUCCGUGGAGUAUUUUGCUUCUUACUUUGUUAGUGAUAUAUUGACAUUCAAGUCUUCGUAAAAACUCAUAUUAAACAUGGCUAUGUCUAAAUCAACAAACACAUACAAUCGUCAAAAUUGGGAAGAUGCUGAUUUCCCGAUUUUAUGUCAAACAUGUCUCGGUGAUAACCCCUACAUUCGAAUGACAAAGGAAAAAUAUGGUAAAGAAUGUAAAAUUUGUAUCCGUCCAUUCACUGUCUUCCGUUGGUGUCCAGGAGCGAGAAUGCGUUUCAAGAAAACAGAGAUUUGUCAAACAUGCUCCAAAUUGAAGAAUGUUUGUCAGACCUGUCUCCUAGAUCUUGAAUAUGGGUUGCCAAUUCAAGUUCGAGAUGCUGCCCUAAAAGUACAGGAUGAUUUGCCUCGUAAUGAGGUUAAUAAAGAAUAUUAUAUACAGAAUUUAGAUAGCCAAAUGUCUAACUUUGAUCCAACUCAGCCUAGCAAUUCAGCAUUGAAAUCAAAGGGUGCCUCAGACCUUCUAUUACGAUUGGCGAGGACUGCACCCUACUAUAAAAGAAAUAGGCCUCAUGUAUGUUCAUUUUGGGUAAAAGGAGAGUGCAGAAGAGGUGAAGAGUGUCCAUAUAGACAUGAGAAACCUACAGAUCCCGAUGACCCAUUGGCAGACCAAAACAUCAAGGAUAGAUACUAUGGUGUUAAUGAUCCCGUGGCUGAGAAGUUGAUGCGUAGAGCAGCUGCUAUGCCAGCUCUUCCACCUCCUGAGGACAGAACAGUCACCACUUUGUAUAUUGGUAACCUCCCAGAGAAUAUUUCCGAGGAGGAGUUGAGGGGACAUUUUUAUCAAUAUGGGGAGAUAAGAUCUCUGACAUUAGUGCCAAGAGCGCAGUGUGCAUUUGUGCAGUAUACGACUCGCAGUGCAGCUGAACAUGCUGCAGAGAAAACCUUCAAUAGACUUGUUAUCGCUGGGAAGAGACUUACUAUAAAGUGGGGUAAAUCACAAGGUCGGCAAGGUACUAAUGAGAAGACUGAGCCACCGCCGCCGCUGGAACCUGUUCCUGGCUUACCAGGGACCCUGCCACCACCACCUGCUUUUCUUCAUCCCUUCCCACCCCAGAUGCCGCCACCGCCCAGCCGGCCAAACGACUUCUUCAACCUGCACUACGCAGGCGGCUGGACCGCUUGGGGCGCUCCGCCGCCGCCCGCGCUGCACUACCCCAGCCAGGACCCCGCCCGCCUCGGCGCACACGCUCACGCCUCGCAGCCGCAGACCUAGUGCCCGCCCAACAUAUUCGGACUCUCGGCUCCGGUCGAGUCCUAUACACACUUAUAAUCUCCAACUCAAACUUGACGUCAUUCGUAUUAUGCGCAGAAAGACGCGUGCUAACUCGCACCGGCACGGACUAAAUAUCCUAACCGGAUUAUCAAAUGUGCUCCAUAGACGAAGUAUAUGUUCGACAUAGAUGUGCUGGUUUAUUAGUUGUCUAUACAAGUCGAUAUUUAAUAAUUUGGCGAUAAUAAAACACUAGAAUGGGCUACCUAAUAAUAUUUUUAGUCUGUAUAAUUAUUAUUAAAGUAAAGUUUAGGAUUUUUACAUUAGGUAAAUAUAUGAUCCCGUGAGCUUUUGUACCGGAAUUGUAUGCAUUAAGUGAAAAAUCUGUCUGUAUUUUGAGUUAUUCAAAUUUAAUAUUUGUAUGUCAAUAAAUAUAAAUAGAUAAGCUUAGUGUUAAUUACGGCUAAACUGUUGUUUAAGAAAUAAAAUUACUGAGUUUAAUUAAUAUUUUUUAGAAAUUGUAACCCUCUUAGUUCUAAAUUAAAUACAAAUAUUUAAAAUAACUGUAAUAACUACUAUUUACAAAUAAUAUUUCAAGAAAGGAGAGAGUACCACUACUAACAUCCUGACCAGAAGCGAAAAAUUCUUGACAGAAAAUCUCAGCUUUUUACUGACAUUUUGGAUGGCAAAACCCAUUUUCAGAUGUUACAGAAGUCACUUAAAACCUUUGUUAUACAAUGGAGAUUUAAAAAAAUUAAAACCUACGAAAUUAAAAUAUUUAAUCUUCGUCGUUACUUGAGACUUUUUUCCAAGUAAUACAUUUAAAGCAUAACUAAAAAGUGUUUAUAUAUAAUCUGUAUAUUAUACAAUAUAGAUAAGCGUUAAUAUUUGCUGGCUUUCAUGCAGGAAAUAUAUAUAUUUAGUUCCAUAUUAAAUUUAAUAUGUAGUUAAAAUCAUGAAAAAGUGUGUUCUACUGAUUUUCCGGUAAUUAUUGAAAUAAAGAUUAUAAUAUAGAUUAUAUAUCGAGCUGGUGGUUACUGAACAUAUUUUGUGAAACCUUGAUUUAAAAGUGCUCAGAAAAAAAAAUGAGUUAAGGAUCAUGGCAACACCCAAAUCCACAAAUACAACCCUGCUUUAAAUAAAUAAAACAGCAGUUCUGAAACUAUAUUUAAUAUUAAUCAUAAGUAUAUAACAUGACUUAAUCGUUACAAAACAGUUAAACAUUUAUUUAAUUCUAUGCCUUCGCUUACCAUUAUCUGGGUAAGGACGGUCUCAAUAAUUUACAUUAUACUAGGCCCAGAUACAUAAAUACCUAAAUAGCAUCCCAUGAAAGGACACAAUAGAUAGAUAGAUAAGUGUUAUUAUAGAUAAAUAAUUCAAGCUGUUAUCAUGUUUUUCCAAAACUUAAGAUAUAAAAUAGUAUCUUAACAUUAGUCAUGUGACUAGUUUGAUUUAUUUAUUAUCUUAAGCUAUUUUAUACAUUGAUAUAAACGCUAAAAUCGAAGUCUUGUGCAUGUAAUAUCGUAACACGGGGCAAGAGGGAAUCACACGUGGAACAUCAAAAAUUAAGUACACGUACCGAUUACAAUUCUUAUAUAUUUUU